GUUGGAAUUUAUCUAGAAGGUUAAGCACUUACAUACGUCGAGAAUUCACAUCUUAUAUCUGCACCCUCCAUACGAACAAACUUUAUCGUCAUCACGAAGCUCUAACACGUAUACCGGCGCGCGUAUAAUCCUUCACGAACACCCUAGCAACGAAACACCAUCGACAACGCCAUGGCUACGGCUUCCCCCCUCACCCAGGACGUGCGACCAAGCUUCCAACCCAAGAUAGUCUCGCUGUACUCAGGCUUGUUUAAGGACGAAGACGAGACGGAGAAGACCGAGGGGUUCUGGACAGAGUUCUUCCUGCUGCGACCACAUGCGCCGGGAUUAGUCGCUGAGAUCGCGCCGCUGAGCCCCGACGAUCUGCUACACCUGCAGCCGGUUACGAGACAGCUUUUUGAGAAGAGUGUGGCGACGUUUAAGGCUGGGAGAAGUCCACAGGAUGAGAUUGCGCUGGAUACGUUACAGAUCUUCCUUCGGGAGGUGCUGAAGAAACGGUUUACGAACUUCUCGUCGGAUGUGAUCAGCCUGCUCACGGGAUUGUCGAACGUCGAUGCGGUGUUUACCGACUUUGUCGCUGCGCUGGAAACACACAUUAGGAAUGGCAAGAGCGUGAGCAUCCGGAGGAAGGCGAUACAGGUUGCGCUCGGGAUUGCGUGCGGCGCGUUUCAGACCGGACUGUUGAGCUACUUCACACAUAGGGAUUUGUUCCCUGCGCUCAUGAAGUUCAUCAACGAUGUCGACACCGCUGGGUUGACGUACGAACCGUUCCUACUGCUCGGGAUACUCGCCAACUACAAUAAGUUCGAGUUCCAGAACCCGUACCAGCUACGGCUCGACGAUUUUGUCAACGAGGCUACGAUAAAACGGGUAAUCCAUGAGAUCGGGAUGACCUGUAUCCUGUGUCGGGCGGACUACGUGGCUAUUCAAGAUGACCUACCGGAAGGGUGGUCGCUGAACAGUAUGCUAUCGUAUGUCGGACUCACGAUACUUGCUGGCGCUGGACCGAAGCCGAAGACACCUCCGCCGUCGGCGGCAAACGGCGAUAUCUCAAAACUGAACUUUGCGGAGCUUCCAAAUGCAAGGGCUGCUAUACUGCUUGCCACCUACGACUUCGUUAAUGCGAAUAAGCUGUUUUGCUUUAACUUCGUCAACUACCAGGAGGCCGACCCGACAGUUGAGCCUCCCAUCUGCGCCUACUUCUCCCUGACAUCAUACCUUCUCCACCACGCACAUCGGUCCAGCCGAUCCUCCCUCUACGCGCGCCUAAACCUCCUCGUUCUACGGAUAUUCCUCGAAGACCAAGCUCUGUGCAAACGACUCGUCAGCGACGACACUAAGGGCUUCGUGCGGCUAUGUCGACAGAAACCACCACAUCUGCCCAUCGUCCGUGGGAAAAGAAUCCUUCUCACGGCUGUGCUUGAUAUGGUGGCAGAUGGGAUCAAUCACAAUCUGCGGAAGAAAAUGGACGUCGAUCUCUACGUUGCGCUCGUAGAUGCGCUGGUACGGUCGGUAUCGUUUUUGAUACGGACACGCUACAGGCUGGCCUACCACUGGUCCGAACUCUGGCGCUGUCUCCUCACGCUGAUGCGCUUCAUGGCCUCCUAUGCGACCGAUCUCAAAGAUCUCCCCAACAUUUCAACGCUCCUUGACAUGGUGGUAAACCUCGUUGCCCUCUCCCUCUCCUCAGGCGAUUCCUUCCUCCCAGGCGCCAGCGAAUACGACGACCUAUUCUACAAGCUCGUCGAAGCGGGCGACGUCCUCGUCAAGUUCCGUGACGCUUACGAUCUCUCCAAGCGGCCCUCGAACUCUAUUGCUACGCUGAUCAAGGUAUCGGAGCAUUACUACCAACUCAUCGAGCAAAAGAGCGGUCGCGGGAAGAAUCUUACCCCCCAACAGGUCGCCGAGGUCAUCAAGAGCGGCUAUGAUUCGCUCGCCAUGGAUGGCGGGAGUGAGAAGAGCUUGGAUCGGUGGGAGAAGUAUAGAGAGGCGGAUGAGAGAGGGUUCCUCAAGAAGGUGGCUCGAAUGGUCGUCGAGGAUUUGAGGAGCAUUGAGGUCGGCGAUGAACCUGUCGUUGCGGGAGUUAGGUAGUCUCUUCAUCUAUGCGUAUCUGGCCACGCUGGAGGUGUGCAAUUGAUAUUUAGCGUUCAUGGCUUUCUCUUUUUGGAGUUGUUCCUGUUGCUUGCUGUUGAUUUUGGGAGUUGCAUUGGGGGAGUUGGGGCUGGGGCUGGGCUGGGCUGUAGCACUACAUCCACGGAUUUCGUGCCAGGUGCUUGGGGAAGAUCGGAGUAAUAUGUGAAGCCUGCUGGAUGGAUGAAUGGCUUGAAUAGUGUGCGAAAUAGUAAUAGAAAACAGUUAUCGAGAUCUAGGCAGAUACCUAGUGAAUCUUACGGUUGUUGAGUCCAUGGCAUGAUGACAGAGGAACAGCUGGACAACUCACAUGUG